CAUGAACCGGCUGACCCUUUCGUAUUGUACUCUGUGGAAGAACCAAGUAACACUAGUGCUACUCUAGAGGAUUCUGGCAAUUUUGUGCUUCAUGAACUGAGUUGGGAUGGAUCUAUAAAACAGGUUCUGUGGCAAAGCUUUGAUCAUCCUACAGACACGCUACUUCCAGGGAUGAAAUUGGGGAUUAACUCCAAGACUGGUCACAACUGGUCUCUGACAUCAUGGAGAAGUGAGUCUUUUACCCCGGGCUUGGAUCCUAGAGAUACAAGUCCGCUGGUCAUAUGGUGGCGAGGGGAAACGUACUGGAAAAGCGGGUCUUUCCUACAAGGGUCGUCUCUCGUUGCCCUACUCAAUGGUUCGUACGAUUUUGGUUUCAUUUCAAAUGAGAAUGAAACAUACUUCAAUUAUACUGUGAAGAAAGCUGUUGCCAUUUUCCCAAUGUUAAAACUGAAUCCGGCGGGUGAACUUGUGAGUUCCAAGGCAGAUUCUGUGGCUUUAGAAGUUUCAUGUACUAAAAACCUGAGCAUAGGGUGCUUGAAGCAGAACAUAUCCGAGUGCAGAAGCUUGGGAAAUAAAGUCUUCCAGCAUCAUACUGGUUUCAUGUCCAACACUGGAUUUAAAUUUAGCGAGAGUGAUAACCUGUCUCGUAUUGAUUGUCAGGCCGAAUGCUUGAAUGAUUGUUCUUGUGUUGCUUAUGCUUCGAAAAAUGAUGAUGGGACUGGCUGCGAGAUUUGGAGCACUGGAAUUAGUUUUACGGAAUCUAUAACCAGAGAUGACAGGCCAGAUGUCAGCCGUAAUAUAUUCAUUCUUGAACCAAGAGAGAAUAAGUGGCGGAUAUGGCUAAUCAUGGUGCUUGGAGGACUUAUGGUUGUACCCCCAUUAUGCUCAAUAUGUUAUGUCAUAUGGAAAUGGAGCAGAAGAAGAGGGGAUGGAAAGAUGAACCAGAGGAUGCUGUUAAAUGAAAUAGGAGGUGGUGCAAUGCCUUCUAGCUCAAAUGAGAACCGUAUAAGUCACAAAAAAGAUGGACAUGAUAAUCAGUUGAAUGUAUUCAGCUUUGAAAGCAUUGCUGCUUCUACAAACUAUUUUUCAGUAGGAAACAAGCUAGGAGAGGGCGGAUUUGGCCCAGUUUAUAAGGGAAAACUUCUUGAUGGGCGAGAAAUAGCAGUAAAGAGACUUUCAAGUCAUUCAGGGCAAGGACUGCUGGAGUUCAAGAAUGAAGCCAUACUCAUUGCAAAACUACAGCACACCAAUCUCGUAAGGCUGUUAGGAUUUUGCAUUCAAGGGGAAGAAAAGAUAUUGAUCUAUGAGUACAUGCCUAACAAAAGCGUAGAUUUCUUUAUCUUUGAUUCUGAUAGAAAAUGCAGAUUAAAUUGGAAGAAACGUUUCAACAUAAUCGAAGGGAUUACUCAGGGACUACUUUAUCUCCAUAAAUAUUCAAGACUCAAAAUGAUUCACAGAGACUUAAAGGCUCGCAAUAUUUUACCUGAUGAUGAGAUGAAUCCGAAAAUAUCUGAGUUUGGCAUGGCUAGAAUAUUUGGACUAAAUGAAUCUGAAGCAAAUACUAAAAGUGUUGUUGGAACUUAUGGCUACAUGUCUCCAGAAUAUGCCUUUCAUGGCAUUGUUUCAAUCAAAACUGAUGUGUUUAGCUUCGGAGUCCUACUACUAGAGAUUGUGAGUGGCAAGAAGAAUAAUCGCUGCUAUCAUUCAGAUCGUCCACUGAACCUUAUAGGUUAUGCAUGGCAGCUUUGGAAUGAAGGGUGAGGUUUAGUGCUCAUAGAUCCAAUAUUGGGUGAAUCCUGCAAUAGAAAUGAAGCACUGAGAUGCAUUCAUGUUGGUCUCUUGUGUGAACAAGACCAUGCAAUAGAUAGACCCACCAUGCCGGAUGUUGUUUCAAUGCUUUCAAAUGAAACUGUGCAACUACCAGCACCGAAGCAACCGGCAUUUUUCAUUUACGCAGCUGAGGGCGCGGAUAUAGCUGAUAUCAAGUCAAACAAGUGUUCCAUAAAUUAUGUGUCAGUCUCAGCGAUGGAAGCAAGAUGAAUGCGGUAGUAUUGAUGGAUAUAGCUAUGCCUGCCUAGGAAAAAGCAUGAAGUGAAAAUACGGUACAUACAUACUCAGCACAUGUAAUUGAUUGUCUAUCUAGAUACUAGAUCGUUGCUCAACUAAGGAUACUGCUCUGGAAGUACAUGUCUUAGACAACGCCUUUUUGGCCAACCUGCUUUCAAUUGAUAAUCAGAAAGUUUGAAUAAGAUUAUCAAGUUUUGCCUAGCUGCUAAUCUAAAAAGUUACUGCUGAUGUGAGCCUCAGACUCGGCUCUCUCUUCUCUCCAACAACAUGCACUGUGCAAAGCCCUUAACGGGUUUGUUUUGUUUUACAUGAAGUGGGUAUAGAGUCAGAGAUCCUGGUUUAUUGAUCUCCAUUUUUUUGUUAUUGCGUUGAGUGUUGUAACUUUGUACUAUUAUCGUGAACAACUUGUUUCCUUGCAGCAAAAUUCCCAUGCUUUCUUGGAAACUAUA